CGGAGUCAGUGUUCAUAUACUUUUAUUCUGAACCUCGUCUCAUCCCGGAUCUGCAAGUUUGGACAGCUCUUUUAGGUCGCGAGUUUGAGCUUCGAACGACCAAAACGACCUCUAUCGAGUGCCGCCCACCAUGAAUGCCGAGGUCAUCAGCUCCCGCAAGAGGCUGGGUCAGGUUGGCGCCAGCAUUUUCUGGUGCUUCACGACUGCCGGGGUGGUAUUCGGUUAUCCAGCGUUGAAACCGGUGCUCGUGGACUCAGCGGUCUACUCGGAGCUCUGCGAAGAUGGCGUCAAGUAUUGUGCAGCGAGCGAUACAAGGAUGAAUUUCAUGUUCACCGUAGCCACUGUUAUCACCAAUGGCUCGGCAUUGGCUGUCGGAUCUAUGCUAGACUGGCAAGGACCUCGCUCUACAACAAUUGCCGGGGCUAUGGUCUUUCUUCUCGGUAACUUUUUGUUCGGUGUUCAGAAAGUCAACGGGGUUUUUGACACUUAUCUCAUCGGAUACAGCCUCAUAGCUCUCGGCUCAGUAGCCAUAUUUCUAUCGCAAUUCCAUCUAUCAAACGCAUUCCCGCAGUACUCAGGGGUCAUUCUGGCAGCCCUGACGGGAGCGUUUGACAGCAGUAGCGUGCCGUACUUGAUCUACCGGGAAGUGUUCUUUAAGCUGGGUGAAAGACCUAGUCUCCGGACGUUCUUCUGGCUGUACACCUUAUUGCCUAUCGCAAUCAUAUUGCAACAAAUUCUGGCAGGUCCAAAAGAGAUCUACGUCCGGACUGUCACUCCGGACCCCUUCGUAACCCUCGCAGACGAUGAUGAUCUGGAUGAUCUCGCUCGGGCGCGAUCACCCCGCAGGGUAUACGACGGGGAACAGCCUGUCUACACCCCGUCGGCUGAUCCAGUUGCGUCUGGAUUCUCAAGGCUGAGUUACAACAUGCCUACCAACCCGAAUGGGUAUGUGGACGAAGACGAGAACAUCGAGAUUCUGGAUCACGGCAAGGGGGAUUUAGUAGUUGGCGCCAUGUUCUCAAAGACGCUGAAAGAGCAGUUGAGCAGUGAUUGGUUCUGGAUCAUAUGCGCCUACUUAUUCGUUCAGAUGUUGCGAACAAACUAUUACUUGGCUACAGUGCAGUCGCAGCUAGAGUACUACACCGACGCUCUAUUGGCGGACACCUUGACCAGAGCUUUUACCGUGCUACUACCACUCGCGGGAAUCGUAGGGAUCCCCUUCGUGGGGAAGCUGUUAGAUACGCGGCCGACUAUCGAGACCAGCUGGAUCCUGCUCGUUUUCGGCGUCAGUUUCGGUAUUCUCACCAUCAUCCCGCGGACCGUUCCUCAAUUGAUCGGAAUAGGCGUCCUGGUCUUCAAUCGACCUCUGCUUUACACCUACCUAAGCGACCUUUUCGCUAAAGUUUUCGGUUUUCAAACCUUCGGCAAGGUAUACGGAUUGGCGAUGACCCUGUCGGGCAUUGUCGGGCUACUGCUCACUCCAUUCGAUAUCUUCACGAAGGACCAUGGUGGUAACUUCACGCCGAUCAACAUCGCGCUGAUGAUCGCUGGAUUCGUAACGAAUGUGGGGUUGACGGCGAAGCUGUAUUUCCAUGUACGCAAGGGCAGGAUCGCCUUGCCGUAUGACGAUCACUAGUGCUCAAGACGGAGGAAGGACGGGAUACAGAACGGCGCAAUUUGCCACCAAAAGCAUUAGACAUGGGA